ACUUCCAAGGAUUGUGUCUUCAACUUUGGUGCCACUACAAAUACAAGGCCCAAUUUUAGUUAAGAUGGAAGGGCCCUGUCCUUAUAAAUUUGUCGGGUCAUAACUCACACACGCGACAACACACGUCACAGUCUGAACGCUCCUCCACACGCCUUCUCCAUCAACUCCAGGUUGAUAUCUGGUCAGAGGGCAAUGGAGAAAAGAGAUGAGGAUCUGAAGAAGGCUCAGAUGCUGGACGCUCGAGCCAGAAACAUCAGCCACAACGUUCGCUGCACUGAGUGUGGGAGUCAGUCCAUCGAAGACUCACAGGCAGAUAUUGCUAUUCUCCUCAGACAGCUGAUCCGCGAUGAAAUAGGAGCUGGCAAAACAGACAAAGAGAUCUACAGUAAGCUCGAGGAUGAGUUUGGGGAGACUGUGCUUUAUGCUCCAAAAUUUGAUAUGCAGACAGCGGCAUUGUGGUUAACUCCGGUUCUGAUUGCUGGAGGUACUGCUGCAGGGCUGGUUUAUAGUAAGCACAGGCAAAGGACAAACGUACACAUCAUGGCGCUGGACCUUAUUAGAGGUGUUUCAUUGACUCCAAAAGAGAGAGUUACCAUUCUCGAUCUUCUUAUUCCACCUCCCCCUCCUCCCCAAGGAGUGGUUUCCCGGUUGAGGAGAUGGCUUAACCUCCGUUAGUUUCUUGAGUAAGAUAUUGUUGUCUUAGCCAAAUAAAACAAUGCACACUGACUGUCUAGAAGAAUCAGAUAAGAACUGAUUUUUGCAUCUUUUACAAGCAAUGUGGUCUUGCACUGAAUAUUCCCUGUAUUUGUAUUUCUUGCAUUGGAGGUUAUGAAUAAAACAAACCUUGGCUC